UGUAUUUAGGUUGUGGGCGGAAGUAUUCCACGUUUCGGCCAGCGGUACCGGGACCGUCAAAUGGCAACAAGUGUCCGAAGAUCUAGUUCCUGUCAACAUCACCUGCAUCCAAGAUUCACCCGAGUGCAUCUUCCACAUCACCGCCUACAACAGUCAGGUGGACAAGAUUCUCGACGUGCGACUAAUUCAACCAGGCACCCGGAUCGGCCAGGCGUCGGAAUGCUUUGUUUACUGGAAAGAUCCGAUGACCAGCGAUACCUGGGGUCUCAACUUUACUUCUCCUAUCGAUGCCAAACAGUUCCGCGAAUGUUGUGCCUCCUCAAGCUAUUCACUAAAACUUGAUCCACCCGGGAAGGGUAAGGUAAAAACGAAAAGAAAACCACUCAGCACCCCGGCGAGUCCGUCGAGGGCCCGUGAACCGCAGUGCACCUGCAUGACCGCCGAGCAGUACGCACGCAUCCGGGCUCAGGAUCCACGCUACCGAGCAUCAUCGACGCUGCCCCGGGCUACCAAUCGUGCCACUGAAACGGAAACGCUCAGGAGUGAGAAGAUUGCCACGGCUACGUCUAGCACUUCACUGUACGACAAUGUCGGAGCAAACACUACUCAGGGAACCGCCAUUAGUACUCAAGAUACCGGUAACCGGCAAACGAAAUCACAGGAAACCAACACGAUGACCAACGUUGGCACCGGGACAUCGUCGACGGUGACGCAGAACCACGUUGGAUCGCAAAUCGGCCAGGAUGAAGCCAACUCCAACAUGGGCACCGGCCAACGAGCCGGCGAGGAAACCUCCAAAUCCGAGGGAACCCAAGCCGGCGGAACACUGCAACAGACGGAACGUUCCACCAAGACGACUUCAACGGGAACGGGAACACGGACGAAGGACUUCAGCGAUGACAUGUCACGCGAACAACACGACAUGCAUCACAACAUCAUCAACAACAACCAGGCCGCCAGGAGGAAUAAGUCCAAGAGCACCGAGGAUAUGAAUGUCGAUACAUCAACAAUGAAGCGCAUGCUGAAACCGAUGCCGAGUGCGGAAAGCCCCGUGACAUCGCCGGAAAUGGGACGUCGACGUUACAAUUACUAUAACUCUGCAACCAACACACCACACACGCAUCAACACGCUAUUCACAAUGCACAUAUGUUAAACAAUAACGGCACCAUCUCACGUAACGCUAGUCAAACUUCCCGCUUUUCCGGAUCAAGAUCGUCUCACGAAAUUGGCAGAGGUCACCAGCACGGGUCUCGUGGACUAUAUCUGGAACUGGAGCGAGAGCGUAGCUGCGCCGAAGGUUCACCCCCAUCGGAUAACGUCAUGUUCGAUAACCAGUGCUACGCAACAACGCCCAGCUCGAGCAAUGGUAAUUCCGAUCAAGAUCAACCACCGUACGGACGGCAAGGUGGCGGCCGGCAUUCACAUCACCAUCAAAAUCCACCAAACGUAACACCCACGCCGGGUUCACCGACCUCUAGAUUGCUGCUGGAGUACGAGAUGCAUCUGCGUAACACUCUGGCCAAGGGCAUGGAUGCCGAAUCGUACAGUCUGCACACGUUCGAGGCAUUGCUGUCGCAGAGCAUGGAAAAUCUGGAAUUGGCCGAAAGCCUGCCGGGCUCCAACCAGCGGAGCCCAUAUCCCAUUCGAAGAAGAUCCUCCGCCAGUGCCAAAUCAUCAACCCUUCCGCUACCCCACCGUCUGGGUCCAGAGCGGCCGCCUCCGGUGCGUGAACGAGACCGAGAUCGCGAUCGUGACGGAUACUACAGCGAUCGCAACGAGCUGAUACGGGAACGCGAGCGGGACCGGGAUCGUGACCGUGGUUAUCUCAGUGAUCACAAUUCAAACUACUCGACCGCAACCCGAUGUGCAUCGUGCAUCGGUGAAUCGGCGCGAGCUCAGUGGUUCCGCCAUUCGGACGGUUGGCGUUCGGGAAGCUCCACCUUCGGGUCUGGCUCCGGGCCGGGUCUGGUGUCGUCUCAAAGUAAUGCCGGCGGCAUUGGAGCUCACAAACGAUCGCCCUGGGAUUCCUUACCUUCACUGCGUCAGGAUUCCAGCCUGAACGAUUCGGGCUACAAGAGCAACCGAGCGGACUCGUUCGAGCAAAGGGGUGUUUUCGAUCGGCAAGACAGCCUACGGUCGGACUACAUGAGCGACCGGGAGCCACGCUAUGGAAUUGUGCAGCAAGCGUCGAUUGACAGCACCGACUCGCGACUGUGCUAUCUGACGUCGUCUGAGGAGCAGCAGCAGCAGCAGCAGAAAGUAGCAGCAGCAGAAAGUAGCAGCAGCAAAAGUAGCAGCAGCAAACAGCAGCAGGAGUGCUUCGGCAAACAUUGUUCUCCACAGUAA